AUGCAAUCAAAUCAGCAGGCCAAUGCGUUAGCGAGUACCAUUCGAUGUCUGAAUGGUGGUGCUCAUAUUGGGCAGUGUCGUAUCGAUGAUGACGCCAUUUGUAUGGCCCUCGGUGGUAGCUGUAUCAAGAGAGCAUGCUGUACGACACCAUAUUUCGGACUCACCACAACUACAGUCCCGCCAGAAGUCGACGGAGAGGCAACGAGAAAAGAUACCGAGCUUCGCACAAUCGCACCAAUAGUGGAAGGAACUGUUGAGCGAAAG